AUGAGGUCUUCUUGGACUCGCGUGGCCACUUUGUUUUCUGCGCUGGCGUCGGCGUCUCUCCUUCCUACUUCUUCCUCUUCUCACCCGGUGGCAAAAGACAUCACGACUGUUGCUGAUCCUGAUCAUCUAUCUAUACACUUCCACGCUCCCUGCCAAGAAUGCUUUGACGACACCAAUGAUGGAGUGGAACUAACCCUUGAGAUCGACUCUGCCGAAGAGGAGUGCUCCAAUACCCCUCCCCGUCUCAAUGGUCUUCCUCUCAUUCCCCUAAACGCUGGCAAUAACGUUGCCAACGGCCAGAUUGCCUUUACAUCAAAGCCUUCCGAUGGCUCAGAUGAGCGGAAGGUCAAUGCUUCUUGGGAAUCAACCUGUCUUAAAGGCGAAGCUUCCAUAAUCUCUGUCCGAUUCGAGGGCAUCGUGGGAAGCGAUCCUUUCAAAGAUACCUCGGGAUUCACCACCUCGUUCAAGCAAAAAGGCAAGCCCGCGGUCCUGCGUCUCCAAGAUAAACCUGUCGCUCAAGUCUCAGAAAGCCUCUGUGACGAAUGGCUCUUGUCAGAAGACCAGAGACUCUCUGUCACUGCCACCGUGUCCGACCCUAUUCCCUCACUUGACACCACGUUACAAGUAGAAUACUCUCGGCUCGAAGAAUUGAGAGGUGAAAUGGGAACCCUUCAUGAGCAGAUAGCCUCAACAGAGGCAAAGAUUAUGUUUCUUCUCAAGCAAGAGUUCAAAGCUUGCUCAAGCGUGAAAUGCUUGUGGGAAACUGCCAUGAGCGAAGUCCCAGCCAUCGCGAAACUUAUUAGCUCUCACUUUUCCCAUCACAGACAUCGACCUGGUGGUUGCAAAGACGGUGAUGCCCAAUCACCUUGUUCCGCGGACGAUCAGGACAGCUUUGGAGUUGAUAGCAGUCUACAAGGAGACGCUCCAGAGGAAGGGCUUGUUGCAGAUGAUGUCGAGGAACCUGUCACGGUGUCUCAGAUGCCGGCAGAACCAUCAGCUACAUCAAGGUCGCCGCCACCAGCGACUUCCCCUCCGCAACACGACGAACCUGAACCAACGCCCAUUCCGGACGAACAAAAUAACGAUCGACCUCACUUUCCAUUUACGCAUGGGGAUCACCCUCCUUUUCAACCGCCUCAUGGUCCACCUCCAAGAUUUCGACCGGGUCAUCAUGGUCCGCCUCCUUGGUUUGACCCUCAUAGCCAUCCUCACGGACCACCACCAAAUCUCGAACCUUUUGCCAAUGAAGAACGACGUGCAUUGGAAUACCGCAUCGGGCUGGCAAUUCUUCUUCUCGUUUUACUUGUCAUACUCUCUGGCCUAGUCAUCCGUGCAAUAAUCCUGUUCCGAGAUCCUCGACGAAGAGCUGAGCGCGCUGCGCGAUGGGAAGAACGUCGAACUAAGAGGCUCUACCGGAAAGCUGCCUGCAAGCAUAAAUGGAGGACGUGGUGGAAAGGUUUCCGUUUCCGAAGCCAAGGCACCAAUGACUACGAGGAGAAGCGAGAAAUGAUCCUUGAUCGGGAAGGCAUUCUGGAAGAAGACGACGGAUUGCAAAAGGAAAUCCGUACACUUCGAAAUGCUUCCGAUUUCGUGAGAGACCUUGUGCAAGCCGAAGAAGGCCGAGCAAGGUCGGGGUAUCGUGGUCAUUGCGAUCGGGAUGGAUUCGAACCUGCAGAGCUCAAUGCUGGCACCGGGAGCAGCAGCCUUUCUGACAUCGCCCCGUCAUACGUGACCCCCCCACCUCGAUACGAAGAAGAACUUGAAGGAGAAAUAGUCGUCGUCGAGGAUUUCCGAUAUACACCCAGCAAUACGGAUGAUACUCCGGAAAGCAGCAUCAUCGACUGCAGCCCAAGACUGAGUUUGGAGACCGGCAGGUCGACCAUCGUCACAAAAGAUGCUCACGAGUAG